AUGUUCUCUAGGGUUUCACUAAAGCUCGCCUCGUUUAGAGUGUUCCAAGCUGCUGCGUUUUCCGCGCUGGUGCUGCUGGCGGUGCUGUGCUGGGCGUUCAUCUCCGCCAUGCAGCCGUCCCCCCACUCCCUCGCCCUCCACCUGCGCACGCAACGCCUUGACGCCGCCGCCCUUGCCGUCCUCUCCAUCCAACAGAGGUUGCAAUAUGCAGCAGUGGCGCAGGCCAUGGCGCUGACCUCAGCUCUCAACGCCGUGACCAGAAGCAACGUCAGCACUGGUAGACAGAGCAGCAACAACCUUACAAGAAUUCUAGCACAAUCCCAGGAGGCCCUGCUAGCCACGUCCUUCCCCUUCAUUCGCCCCGACCCAUCUCUCCACAUCACUGCAUUCGUUGCCCCAGACGGCUUUCUCACCGGCUACUUGCGCCCCUUGCAAGGGCCCUUUCACACAAGUGCCACGUCAGUCGGCGCUAGCCUGGCAGCUGUCCCCCUUGCUGACGUGGCAGCAGCAUGGGCUGGCAUCAGCAUCAACAGUGGCAGCAGGCCAGCCAGUCCGGAAGAAACCCAGAAGCUUCCUUCACGUCUGCUGCUUGUUUCAGCCACUGGAGGGCUUUUGUUGUCCUCUUCUGGUGCAGCGGGCGGCCCUGUAGCACCCGAUGACGUCAUCGUGACGUCAUCAAUGUCAGCAUUAGGGUUAGGAAAGCCUGCUGAGUCAGCAGGUCAGGGUGCUGAGUCAGCAGCAGUGCCUGUGGUGGAAGCAGCUCCGGUGAACUCGUCAGCAGCAGCGUUAGGCAGCGUGAUGAGAUCGCUACAGACAAAUAUCGCCGGCCAGGACUACUACAUUGACUCUCUUCCUCUUGUCUUCAGCACUGCUGCCAAUUACACCAUCGUGUAUGCAUCAGCAGUGGCCCUUUACGAAGUACCACCCCCAACCUCCACCAAAAUCGCCUCUCUCGUGCUGCUGUUGCUCUCCAUCGUUGCUCUGCUCGCCUGCGCGGUGCUGCUCGUCUCAGUUGUUCGCAGACGCAGUGGCAACGUGUCUUUUCUACAGGACGAGGUGCAAAGGCAGAUGAUGCUCACCAAGAGGGCUGAAACAAGGUCCCAGACCAAGAGUGCUUUCCUGGCCAGCAUGAGUCACGAGCUGCGCACACCCAUGGCGGCCAUUCUAGGUCUGCUGGACCUCGUGUUGUGUGAGGACCUGCUGCCCGAGGUGCAUGUGAACGUGCAGCAGAUCAAGCUGGCAGCGACUGCUCUGCUAGGCCUUCUGAAUUCCAUUCUUGAUCUAAGCAAGGUGGAGGCAGGCAAGCUGGUGCUGGAGUGUGUUGACUUUGACAUCCGGAAAGACCUCGAGCUCAUUGUGGAGAUAUUCUCCGUGCAAGCUUUAACCAAGGGUACAGAGAUCUCCCUGGACCUCUCGGACGAUCUGACGCGCAUGGUGCGGGGGGACCCGCAUCGCGUGCGGCAGGGUUCGGUGUCUGGUUGGGGGAAGGGGAAGGUGAAGCUUGUGUUUGAGUUGGAGGACACGGGGUGUGGUGUGCCCAAGGACAAGAGGGAGGCUAUCUUUGAGACUUAUGGGCAGGCUGACCAGGCGCACGGGCGGAUUGGCACAGGUCUGGGUCUGGCCAUCGUGCGAUCGCUGGUGGAGAUGAUGGGGGGCAAGAUAGCAGUGGUAGACAAGCCCUCGCCCAGCCCAGGGUCGCUCUUCCGCUUCAACCUCUCCCUCUCCCCAAUCUCUCUAUUCCCUCUCCCCCGUUUCUUUCCCUCGCAGGUGGAGAUGAUGGGGGGCAAGAUAGCAGUGGUAGACAAGCCCUCGCCCGGCCCAGGGUCGCUCUUCCGCUUCAACCUCUCCCUCUCCCCAAUCUCUCUAUUCCCUCUCCCCCGUUUCUUUCCCUCGCAGGUGGAGAUGAUGGGGGGCAAGAUAGCAGUGGUAGACAAGCCCUCGCCCGGCCCAGGGUCGCUCUUCCGCUUCAACCUCUCCCUCUCCCCAAUCUCUCUAUUCCCUCUCCCCCGUUUCUUUCCCUCGCAGGUGGAGAUGAUGGGGGGCAAGAUAGCAGUGGUAGACAAGCCCUCGCCCGGCCCAGGGUCGCUCUUCCGCUUCAACCUCUCCCUCUCCCCAAUCUCUCUAUUCCCUCUCCCCCGUUUCUUUCCCUCGCAGGUGGAGAUGAUGGGGGGCAAGAUAGCAGUGGUAGACAAGCCCUCGCCCGGCCCAGGGUCGCUCUUCCGCUUCAACCUCUCGCUGGACCGUCCCGACCCUGCUGCAGCAGCCGUGCGCCCGGGGGGGGAGGCGGAGGAGCAGGAGAAGGAGAGCUGGCGCCUGGAGGCGCCGCUGAUGCGCGCGCUGUGGGACGGGGACGUGCUGCUGGUGAUGGGGGCUUGCCCGGGCAGAGAGGUGGCGGGGAAGUGGUUGAGGCAGCGAGGGCUGACUGUGGUGGAGGUUGGGGCGUGGGAGGAGAUGGUGGAGCGCAUUCGACAGGUGGGUGGAUGGGUGGGGUUGAGAUUGCUCUGGUGUGUGGGUGUUGCUGUGGGACGGGGACGUGCUGCUGGUGAUGGGGGCUUGCCCGGGCAGAGAGGUGGCGGGGAAGUGGUUGAGGCAGCGAGGGCUGACUGUGGUGGAGGUUGGGGCGUGGGAGGAGAUGGUGGAGCGCAUUCGACAGGUGGGUGGAUGGGUGGGGUUGAGAUUGCUCUGCGAGGGCUGACUGUGGUGGAGGUUGGGGCGUGGGAGGAGAUGGUGGAGCGCAUUCGACAGGUGGGUGGAUGGGUGGGGUUGAGAUUGCUCUGGUGUGUGGGUGUUGCUGUGGGACGGGGACGUGCUGCUGGUGAUGGGGGCUUGCCCGGGCAGAGAGGUGGCGGGGAAGUGGUUGAGGCAGCGAGGGCUGACUGUGGUGGAGGUUGGGGCGUGGGAGGAGAUGGUGGAGCGCAUUCGACAGUUUGUGCUGCUGUGUGUGCGGGUGUUGUGGGGAUGGUGUGUUCUUGCUGUGAUUGUGCCGUAAUUGGUGCCUGGAGGCCUCUCAUGCCCGCGCUGUGGGACGGGGACGUGCUGCUGGGGUUGUUGUGUGCUUGUCUUGUUGUAACCAUGCUGGGGUUGCGGCAUCGGGGGCUGACGGUUGUGGAGGUAGGCGUGUGGGAGGGAGGAUAUGGAGGGGGACCUGGGGCAGGGGGAGAAAAAGAUGCAGGAGGGGUAGGGGUGGGCGGAUGGGAGGCGCCUGGUAAGAGUGGGUUAGCCAAGGAAGGGAUGGGGGUUGGGGGGGCAGGAGGGGGGGCAGGAGCGGGAGGAGGAGGGGGAGCAGGAGGGGGAGCAGGAGGGGGAGCAGGAGGGGGGGCAGGAGGGGGGGCGAGGAGAGGACUGGAAAGAACAGUGAGUUUACAAUCUGAGAAGAAGGUUCUGGGAGGGGGAGGAGCAGCAGGGGGCGGUGCCGGUGGUGGGCUGUGGAAGCAGGGAAGUCUGACUCUCGGGAAGCCCCUGCAUCCUACUAGGAUGGAGCAGCUGUUGAAUCUAGCUAUGGAUAUAAAGUAUGGGAUUGGGGGAAAUGCGGAGGCCGGGGUGGGAGGGGAGCGGGGGGGUGAGGACGGGGAGGAGAGAGUGGGGGAUGGGGAGGGGGAGGGAGAUGGUGGGGGGAGUGAGGGAGGUGCAGGAGGAGGGGUGUGGGGGGUUCUGGAUGAGUUGGGGAAGGAGAAGGGGAGGGAGAGAGGGAGGGAGAAGGGAGGAGGGAGCGGAGGAGGGAAGGGAGGAGGGAAGGAGGGGAAGGGGCGCAAGAGCGUGAAUGUGAAUGUGAGGAUUCAGAGGUGUUUGAGUGCGGUUGAUGAGGAGUUGAGUCAUGCGGACGAGAUGAGCAAUGGGGGGGAGGAUUCUUGCCUAUCCACCCCUGUUGGGAGUUCUGAAUUUGACCUCACUACCCCGAGGUCUGGUGAUGGGGCGUGGGAACGGAGAGAGGGGAGGGAGAGGAGGGAGGGGAGAGAUAGGAGGGAGGGGAGGGACAGGAGGGAAGAGAGGGAAGGGAGAGACAGACCGAGCAAUAGUGGUGAUGAUGAGAGCGAUGGUGAUGGGGAAAGAGGAGGUAGAGGAGAGAGAGGCGGGAGAGAUGACGGAUGGGAAAGAGGAGAGAGGAGAGAACGAGGGGAACGAGGAGAGAGGAGAGAAAGAGGGGAGAAGGGGGAUAGAGGGGAAAGAGGAGAAAGAGGAGAAAGAGGAGAGAGAAGGGAUGGCCAGUACCGUUCGCAAAGGAGGAAAGAGGGUUCCGAGAGUGGUGAUAGCGACAGAUACAGCGAGGGAGCAGGGGAUAGGGACAGCCGAGCAGGGGAUACACGAGUGGGAGGAGGAGGGGCAAUCACGCCUAGAACCCCCCGCACCCCAGGGACUCUUCUCGUGCCAUUCCCUCGCUCGGAAUCCCGGGGGUCUCAAGACGGGAGCAAAGCGGGCGGGCAGGAGGAGCACUCUCGGCACGGGUCUUUCCGAAAAGACUCGGUGGCCGGCAGCAGUAGUGGCAGCAGAAGCAGGGAGAGGGGCGGAGGGGGUGCGAGUGCAUCGGGGGCAGCAUCUCACCAGAAGGCAGUGCUAGGCCCGCCGUCAGCACUGGCAGGUGUGCACAUCCUAUUGGCCGAGGACGUGGCAAUGCUGCAGCGGGUGGCGGUGCUGAUGCUCAAGAAGAUGGGCGCGACGGUGGUGGCGGUGAGCAACGGUCAGGAGGCGUUGGAUGCGGUGACAAGGCAGAUCCGAGGGGAGGCGGACGGGGGAGAGGCGUUUGACCUCGUGCUCAUGGACUGCCAGAUGCCUGUGUUGGACGGGUACGCAGCAACGCGGGCAAUCAGAGAGGUGGAGAGGGGUGCAGAGGUGCACAUUCCGGUGGUGGCACUGACAGCCAAUGCCAUGGCAGGGGAUCAUCACAAGUGCCUCGAUGCUGGCAUGGAUGGGUACCUUACAAAGCCUAUAGACAGCAAGCUACUAACGGAAACAGUGAAGAAGCUCUUAGGGGAUCGGAGGAAGCACAAGUGA